AAAGCAAGGGCACGAAAGUAAUAAUAAUUUUAUUAAAGGUCUAUUGCGCAAGAAUGAAACGAUUUUUUCUUGAAGUUUGAACAAACGCUUGCAACAUUAUUUUAAAACGAAACAUUAUUUCCGAUAACGCGUAGCACUCCUCGAUUCUACACGCUCUACAUUGAAUCACAGCCGCGCAGACAGCAGCUACUGGAAGUGCCAAACGAAGGAGGAUUUUUUCAAAGACGAAGUUCUGAUUUCCUAUAGAAAACAUUGUGUUUGGUAGUACAUAUUUGAAAAUGGAAGGAGUAUUGAUAUUUGAUCACAACAAUGAUCUAAUGUAUCAAAAUUUAAACGAUGCUAUGCGUGCCAAAAUGUACAAACAUGCAACCGAGCUUGGACUAGUGCAGGACGAUAAAACUGACAUACGUGAAGAUCUUGACAGUAACGUGUUGAUACAAAUCUUCAGUCCUCUAAUCGCUUCGCAACGGAUUAUGAUGUGUCAGUUUGAUAAUGCAUAUACUUCGAUUCAGAUGGAGAACAAUUUGAACUUGGUAUUCGAUGAGUUCUUGGGUUAUCUGUUUGUGCAAAUAAGUACACUGGAAGUAGAACAAAUCAAACGUGAGCUGGGUGUCUGCAUAUGUUUUCUGAAGCAUAUAUGUGGUCCAAGUGUAUACAUAAUUAAAAAUGACACCAGAAAGUCUACAAUGCUGACGAACUUGAUAAUUACGUACCGCAAGCUGUACCGCGAGAACCAAGGCGUUUUAGUAGAGGCUAUCGAGCAGCUGUUGCUUAACGUUGACGUUAAAAAUACUGUGGUAUCUGCACUCCAGGCUGCAACGGAAAAACUAAAACAGGAUCCCCACUCUCAACGCAGCCAUUCGAUCAUGUUCGUUGGAAACAAAUUCCUUUCGCUUUAUAGCAGUCGUCAGGCACAGGAAUUAUCACCAGCGGAUAUGCUGUUUUUGAACAUAUUUUGUCAAACUUUAAAUCGUGGAGAGAAUUCCAAACGAAUUGAAUCGCAUGUGUUAUUUCUGCAAGGAUCGAAUAAUCACAAUACUUCUGGUUGCAUUCCACAUAUCAUCCACGUUUCGAAACUUUUUGACGAUGUGUUUUUGGUUCUUUUGAUAGAACAUGGUAACAUAAGUCUCUGUGGGAAUUUGUACGACGUAUUUUUCGCACUGCAGAAGUUACGAAAUUUGCAAAUGCAGAUGGAUGUCGAGAAUUUACGUUCGGCUUUCGACGGUUUAGAAACGUACGUUAAACACUCAGUAGAUUCGUUGAAAAAAAUUAAACACAACACUCCAGAGGCAGAUGAAGCUGUGAAACACUUUUUAUCCAAAUGGGAUAACUUGCGUAAACGAUAUAGUGAGUUCUUUAAAACUUCCGAUAGUGCAUUGAUAGUGAAGAUCGAAUCAAACAUGCCAAUGUUUGUUGAAGCGGUAAAGGAAGUCUUCAAACUACUCUGUGCUGAAUGCAGCACAUUGGAACACGGAUUGCAAAGAGUAUCAGAUAUAGCUGAUAUGGUCGAAGAUAAACUAACGGAAGUUUUCAACUUUCUGCAGGUUAAAUCACAGAAAAAUUUCAGUAUGGGAUCGUAUCUAGAAGAUUUUCCAGGUUUGGUCCACUUUAUUCAUAUCGAUAGAAACAAUGGAAGAAUUGUUGCACCUGGGCUGGAUCAAGAAGAUUCGUCUAAUAUUCUGAAGGAACGAAUUUGGUCUAUGGUGGAGCUUUCGCGUACUUAUCUCCACAAGGGUAAUAUGUCAAUGAUCUGGAAGGACAUCACCUAUAGUUACGGUUACUUUCUCUGGUUCGAGGACAUUAACGGAACGGCUCUGAAACCGAAGGAAUUUCCAGAUUUUUCAACCGUAUCAACAAAGCCACAGCUGAUACCCGGAAUUCUAGCGGGCGACUAUUAUCAGCGACUGAUAGAAACUUGUUUCCCGAGAACGGCUGCGAAUAAAAUUCGCUGUUACGAGCUGUAUUGCGUUCAUCUUGGAUUAGUGACAUCAACUAACGUACUGGAGCAUUGCCGGAGACUUGCCGUUACUAUCACCGACUUGACUGGGUGCGUCGGAAAUCCUAUCGAUUUACUGUAAUUUCAACAAAUUGUUUUUAUGUCUAGUGUUUUAAAUGUUAAUCAAACUGCAACCUCGCUAUUGAGGUUAUAGUUGUGUUUUUAAACUUCGUUUUCUUUUGCUAUUAUUUUAACUGUUUAAGCUAUGUGAGCUCCUGCGAAAAAAAUACCUGCUGGAUCAAUCAAAGAAAUAGUUAUCGGUUUCCGUUAUACUCUACUAAAUUUUUUGGAAAUAAAUAUUGAAAUUCAGUCCGCAAAUAUAUAUUUCGACUGUGACAUACAGUUUGCGGACUGAAUUUCAAUAUUUAUUUCCAAAAAAUUUAGUAGAGUAUAACGGAAACCGAUAACUAUUUCUUUGAUUGAUCUCAAUCACUCUGCUAAGACGCUCGUUAUAGAUUUUCUUAACCUGCUGGAUGUUUCGAAGAAUGUUUAAAUUUUUUCUCCAAAAUAAGAUUCGAACCGCCAAAAACAAAGUAAAUUUUUAAAAACCAAUCAAGCAGUCAUUUUGGUUGAAAUGUUCACUUUGCAGUCGUAAUUGGAUGUUAUAUUACAGUUAGCGCUGUAGACUGUUGACGCUACGCUGCUCUAUUAUGCAAUCAUAAAUCAGCAAAUCAUCACCGCGUACCUUAGUUUAGUACAGGUACGUGUCUAUUAUGUGUCGCUUCCGUGCUAGUAGUAAACCAAGUUGAUUUUUCAAUGACCGGAGGAUAGAUGAUGUCAUGGUAGUUUUUGUGGUUUUAACGGAAAUUUCCAUUGUACAGAAUCACAACUAAACCGUGACUUAUGAAAAUACCCUACAGGUUGGCAAGGAAUAUAUCCGAAACAGAUAGAUUUUAUAGAAUCACAAACUUAAAACCAAUGCGUUACUGCGAGUAUUGAUAUGCGAGUUUCAUUGGGAAUGAAACAUUUUCUAAAAUAUUUAAAAGGAAAAAUAUAUUUCAGUAUUUUUGAUUGUUUCAUUAUAACUUACAUCGUUAGUUUCUCUACUAGGCGUUUAUGGCUGGUGGUAAUAAUAUUCUAUAAUUGAAAAUGCUGUGUGAUCGAAUCAGCUCAAUUCACAUUCCAUAACUUACGGAGAGUAAGUAUUACACGCCAAAAGCUCGCUAUUUAACAAACAGGUUUUUGCAAACUACAUUACUAGCCCAAAUGUAUUAUUAAAAUUUCACGAUAAACUAAACAUAGUUUGAAUUAGUUAAAAAAUCGGUACUUAAAUAUGAUUAUAAAAAAAAUCGUAGAUCUUUACAAAUUUUUGUGAUAAAAUUGAUAUCUAUCAAAAGUUUUUAUUUUGUAAUAUAUAUUUUAUUUAAACAGAAAUAUAAUCAAAAAUAUCAGA